AGGUCGUAGGAGGGGGUCGCGCAACUGUUUUCGAUAAUCGGCCGCGCGUUCCGUACGUGAAAAUCGGUUCAGUAUCCGACCGGUCACGUCUGCGUAAAAACGGAUAUAUGCCCAGAAUAUUUAUUAAGUGGGUGGCUGUGCGUGACUUCUCUCCAGUGAAUAGGUUAUAGCUGCCCACGUAAAUCGGUCGCGAAAUAGGACGGUUUGUUUUGUUUGUUAACUGAAAACGUUUGCGGCUGAAACUGUUAACUGUUUUCGUGUGGAUUUUUUGCGGCGCCCGGCUCGCCGGUAAUGUUCGACGUUCUAAAUUCGAACUAGUGUAGAGACUCGGAGAACAGUGUCUACGUGAAUUUGAAAAUGGAAUAGUCUGAAACAAUUCUUCCAACUUGGCAACUUCUUGUUUCCAAUAGACUAAUUUUAAUAACAACCAAAGUGAGCGCGUGUAUUUAAAAAUGGAAUAGAAACUUUUUACGGACUUGGAACGUUAAUUAUUUUUUAAAAUGAGUGUGACAGCGCGGGAAAGGACUGUCAAAGACUAAAGGAAUAUAAGACAUAGACGCGUUAAAGUGAUAAUGUUGCCAUACCAAGCGGUUGCAAUGGACUACGUGGCCUCAGGGUUCCACCACCACCAGCGGGCAGGCGGGUUGCCAGUGAUGGGUCUGCCAGGCCCCGGGCCGGGCCUCAACCCGGGUCUGAACACGGCCUUCACCCAUUCCUGGUUCGUACAGACAAGCCCGGAUAUCUGUCGGCAGCAACAAGCAUCCAACCAAUCGCAUCUCGAACCUGGCAUCCUCGAGCUACGGAAAGAGAAAAGUAGAGACGCGGCCAGAUCUCGGCGUGGGAAAGAGAACUACGAGUUCUACGAGCUAGCGAAGAUGUUGCCCUUACCGGCCGCUAUUACCAGCCAGCUGGAUAAGGCUUCGAUCAUAAGGCUGACCAUAAGCUACCUCAAACUAAGAGACUUCGCCAACCAUGGCGACCCGCCGUGGAGUCGAGAUCUACCCUCUAGUAAAGCUUUAAAAGGUGCUCAGAACAGGCGGACAUCUGCAAGUCUUGCGAUGGAGCUGUUCGAACAACAUCAGGGCACGCAUAUCCUUCAGUCUCUCGACGGGUUCGCUCUCUCUGUGGCGGCGGACGGGAGGUUUCUGUACAUAUCUGAAACUGUUUCUAUAUAUUUAGGGCUAUCACAAGUAGAAAUGACAGGCAGUAGUAUAUUCGACUAUGUCCACCAGGCGGACCACGCGGAGAUAGCGGAACAACUGGGCCUGUCCUUAGCAGGCAGGUCCGGGGGCACCGGACUCAACAGUCCGGCGUCAGGCAGCGAGGAAGGCAGUCAGCAUGGGACGAAUAAUCCUGACGUAUCAGCACAAAUGACGUUAGCAGCGAGCGGCGCAUUAUUCCGAGGGAUGGACCGGGCCUUCUGCAUCAGGAUGAAGAGCACCCUCACGAAGAGGGGCUGCCAUUUCAAGUCAUCAGGUUAUAGGGUGGUGCUAAUGUUAUGCCGUCUACGGCCGCAGUAUUCCUUCUCACACAGUCGCAAGACACCGCCCGCUCUGCUGGGGAUGGUGGCACUGGCGAUAGCUCUACCACCGCCAUCAGUGCACGAGAUCAGGCUAGAGUCGGACAUGUUCGUCACCAGGAUCAACUUCGACUUCCGAAUAGCGCAUUGCGAGCCCAGCAGGGUAUCAGAGCUACUGGGAUACACCGCCGAGGAGCUUACAGGGAAAAAUAUUUACGCUCUUUGCCAUGGAGAAGACGCGAACAAGCUUAGAAAAUGUCACGUAGAUCUGAUAAACAAGGGUCAAGUGCUGACACAUUACUACAGGCUGAUGAACAAACUUGGCGGCUAUACCUGGAUGCAGACUUGUGCAACCGUCAUCUGUUCCACUAAGAAUGCAGAGGAGCAAAACAUUAUUUGCGUCAAUUAUGUUAUCAGUGGCCGAGAAUACCCAAACACGGUGAUGGACUGUUGCCAAUUAGAAGAAAGUUUACAGGGAGUGAAGAGAGAGGAAACCACAGGGGAUCCAGAAAAUGGCCCACCGGACGCCGAUACGCCUGGAGCACCUCCACCUCCUGCAAGACACACUGCUGAAAGAACUGAGGCACCUGCAAAUACAGACUCAGCCUCUACCGCACCUCCUACCUCCGAAGUGCCUCAUUUAACAAGACUAAGUGACUCGCAGCCUAUAUCACUAAAUGCAACCCAAGAAAAAACCUCCCCUAUGCCAGCCAGAAGGAUGAAGAAACGGAAACAUACCACAGACUGCGAGGAAGAUCCAGAAAGAGAGGAAGAGAGACGAAAGAGUUCCUCAAAUCCCGCUGCCACUAUAUCCACAGAACGGGACAUGACUAAAACUAAUCUAGCAAUUCCAGAAACAUCUGAUGCGACAUCAGUUAGGGAUUUAGAAAACGCUAUGUCCAAACAUUUGCCAUCGUUAGACGGGAAGGAGAUAUCUCAUCGGCCUACAGAUUUUUCUACGGAUGCGUUAUUAAAACAACAACAACAGAAAUCUACUAUUCAAUGGAUCGGCACGCAAAACCAUCACUUGAAUCAUUUGAAUCGCCAAAUCCCUGUGAGUCAUUCUUCCACGCCCGCUUCAGCAUUGUUAAGGCAACUGUACGCGAGUCGAGAAAGCGUUAUUAGAUUAGGGGAUGGGAGAACAGGAGGCUAUUACUCAAGUGAUGGUCAAUCUGGACCUCUACCCACGCCUCCCGGCAGCGAAGGGUCUGGUUACGGGGAACAAUUAGGCCACAAAGGCACAGAUAUUAGUUCCUUACCCUACGGACCGUAUGCAGACUAUCAUCCUGCAAUGACCCCUCCUGGAUCAGUAUCGCCCAGGGAUAAACAGCAAUACCCUUUGCCAUACGAUAACAGUCAUUAUUCAGAAGCAAUAAGGCACUCCUAUUUAGAAUCUUCGUUCCCAUUGAAACCUCAAGCGUACUCAGCGGUGCCUGGUGCUCUUGACUACGCGUCAUCUAUAGAUCAGUCACAGUUCUUCCAUCCGCCUGCAUCUUUUCAUCUCUAUCACCCACAAGCGCAUUCCGCUCAUGCGUCUCACUCGCACCAACCGACAGACAAGUCAGCGCCGCCGAAUACAAAUUGGUAUUCGGCCAGCUCAUAGCCAUAUUUGCGGUAGUGAUGAAAUGGUUUGGAAAUCUCUAAAGGAAUUUUCCUUGUAGGACUUCAAUUGUUUUAUUUGAACGUUAGUUUUUCAUUUGUUGAUAAUGAUUUUUUCAAGUUUUGUUAUCAUUGAAAUAUAUUCUUAAAAAAUCUUUAUGUUUGGGUAGAUUUUGUGUUGAUUAUUAUGGAGAAUAGAGUAAGACAAGACAAGCCUGAAACUUUUAAAUCGAAUACUCAAGAUGGGCCAACAAGAUAGUCAUACUCGUAUUUCAUUUAAUUUUUGGUAUGGGUUUUACUGUGCCAAAUAAUAAACAGAAUAUGGCGUACAAAAAUGACUUAGAAAUCAAAUGUUGUAACAAACUUAUCUAAUGAUAUAUUGAAAACGCAACAUUUCCUAACCCAAAGCUAGGAUGUACCUACUUAAAUAAUUCAAAAUGGCGGUACUUAGGCAAAAAACACAAGCCAUAAAACAGUAUUUGUAUUUAUAGCGGUACGUUGCAGAAAUCACAAAGCUCUACUGAUAUUUAUAAUCAAUACAUCGUUCUUUUUUACAAAAUGAUGUUAUAUACAGGGUGAUUCGGUCUUUAGUGCGGAUAUUUUUUUUCGUGGUUCUGUAUCAUUAAUAGAAUAUAAAUCUACAAACAGUUCGAUACAUUUAAUGUAAUUUUUUUUUAAUUUAUGUCUCUAAAAUAACAAAAUAAUGUACAUAUUAUUACUAAACAAGAUAUAUUCAGCUUAAAAGUGAUCUGGUGACGUCCUCUAGGUAUCAAACGAAAAUAAAAUAAACGCACAAUAGGGUGACCCUAAAAUUCUGUUCAAAAGUAAAUAACUUUAGCUAACGAUAAUUUUGUUAUUUUUGAGUUAAAAAAAAAAAGAAAAAAUACGUGAUCAUUAAAUUUUGUUUAUGUACAAAAUAUAAAAAUAUCCGCACUAAAAAAAUUUUCUUCCUGUAUAUAUUCAAAAUGGCG